AUGAAUGAAUCUCAGCAGAACGAACGUAAUGGUGGAAGCUUGUUAGAUCUGAAAUACAAUCUAGAGUGCUGGCCGCUCUUUCUCAGCAUCGUCAUCAUGUAUUCUCCUGGAGCAGAGUUAAUGCCUGUAAGGAUCAUAGAUGAACAACAGUGUGCCGUCCAAAAGUUUGCUGAUCUGCCAUUAAUCAGUUCUACUUAUGAGUGGGUUUCGUCUAUCUAUAAUUUGGCCAAGCAGUCUCAUCCAGCUAUCCAAACAGUCUGUGAGAUGGCAGAGACGGGUGUGAAGAAUAUUGCAAGCAGCGUAGAACCUCUUCUCGACAUAUUUGAACCUCAACUUGCUAUUGCAAAUAUAGCUGUUUGUAGGAAUCUUGACAGGCUACAAUACCAAUUUCCUGUUCUGCAACAGACAGUGAAUGAGGUAAUCGUUGGAUCCAUUUAUACCAAAUUAAGUGAAGCAAAUAUUGUGGAUAGCAUGCUAGAGAUAGGCGUUGAAGUUGCCGUGGACACUGUGAGAGUGACAUUGUGUUCAGCGAGGAGUGCUGUGAACGCUGUGAGGGAAAUCAGUGUGUCACAGAUGAUGGCCAGGAGUGUUGACAAGAUGAUAUUCAAAUCAGACGGCUUACUAGAGCACUUUCUUCCAAUCACGGAUGAGGAAUUACUUGCCAUUGCAUCCUUGGACCAGCCUAAAGGCUCUGGAGCCGCCCCUCUUGAAAAGCAGAAAGAAGAGCCAAGUUACUACACACGCCUGGGUUCCUUGUCAACCAAGCUCUGUAGUCGGGCCUACCAUCAUUCUCUGGCAAAGUUGCGAAUGGUCAAACUGGGUGCGCAGCAGGCAUUGUUCCAACUUGAACAGAUCUUUUACUUGCUAAAAUAUACCAAGGAGGAAUUGGACUACAAAGUUCACAAAGGUCAAGAAAAAGUGUACCAAAUGUGGAAGGAGUGGUACAAAGGUCAACCUAAGCAGAGUCAGAGCACUGAAGCAAAUCAGGCAGAGAUGGAAUCCCAUGCUCUAGCCACAUCCUACAGUGUUGCGCAGAAGAUGCAGGAGGUCUGCCAGAAAAUCUUAACUAACAUACAGAGCCUUCCUGAACAUCUUCAGCAAAAAAUCCAACAGGCUGAGUGUGAUUUAAAAGAGCUACAAGCUGUCCUCCCUAGUACCACAUGCUUCCAGGAUCUUCCCAGUGGUUUCCUGAAAGAGAUCCCGGAGAAGAUUAGCAAGGCCAGGAAAGCUGUGCAUGAAGUCAUGGAAUAUAUAGCUAAAAACACUCGUCUGUCAUGGGUAGAUGGACCCUUUUGUCCUGUUGAACCUUCAACAUAGGAAUCCCUGAAACAGAAACAUGCAUAACAUAUGUUAGUUCUUUACUGUUAAUAAUAUUGAGAACUGGUGUCUUCAUCGGAGGCGUUUAUAAAAAUUGCUCAGACAAGACUUAGGCGGCAGGACCCCUAGAGAAGGAGAGAAAUUAAUAAAUGGAUUGACCUGUUUAAAGUAAUUAUUAACCACUUCCAUAAUA